GCCCUCUUCCCCGAGGGUGGGGGAGGACCGUAUAUAAGUGCCGUAGCCGCCGUGAACGUUCUUUUUCGCAACGGGUUUGCCGCCAGAACACAGGUGUCGUGAAAACCACUGCUCAUCCUAAAUCAAAAUGGGGAAGGAAAAGACUCAUAUCAACAUUGUUGUCAUCGGACACGUAGAUUCGGGCAAGUCUACCACUACUGGUCAUCUGAUCUACAAAUGUGGUGGGAUCGACAAAAGAACUAUCGAAAAAUUCGAGAAGGAGGCUGCUGAGAUGGGAAAAGGCUCCUUCAAGUAUGCCUGGGUCUUGGAUAAACUGAAAGCUGAACGUGAACGUGGUAUCACCAUUGAUAUCUCCCUGUGGAAAUUCGAGACCAGCAAGUAUUAUGUGACCAUCAUUGAUGCUCCAGGACACAGAGACUUUAUCAAAAACAUGAUUACAGGCACAUCCCAGGCUGACUGUGCUGUCCUCAUUGUUGCUGCUGGUGUUGGUGAAUUUGAAGCAGGUAUCUCCAAGAACGGGCAGACCCGUGAGCAUGCCCUUCUGGCUUACACACUGGGUGUUAAACAACUAAUUGUUGGUGUUAACAAAAUGGAUUCCACUGAGCCACCCUACAGCCAGAAGAGAUAUGAGGAAAUCGUUAAGGAAGUCAGCACCUACAUUAAGAAAAUUGGCUACAACCCCGACACAGUAGCCUUUGUGCCAAUUUCUGGUUGGAAUGGUGACAACAUGCUGGAGCCAAGUGCUAACAUGCCUUGGUUCAAGGGAUGGAAAGUCACCCGUAAAGAUGGGAAUGCCAGUGGAACCACACUGCUUGAAGCUCUGGAUUGUAUUCUGCCACCAACUCGUCCAACUGACAAGCCCUUGCGUCUGCCUCUCCAGGACGUCUACAAAAUUGGUGGUAUUGGUACUGUCCCUGUGGGCCGAGUGGAGACUGGUGUUCUUAAGCCUGGCAUGGUGGUCACUUUUGCUCCAGUCAAUGUAACAACUGAAGUCAAGUCUGUUGAAAUGCACCAUGAAGCUUUGAGUGAGGCUCUUCCUGGGGACAAUGUGGGCUUCAAUGUCAAGAACGUAUCUGUCAAAGAUGUUCGUCGAGGCAAUGUGGCUGGUGACAGCAAAAAUGACCCACCAAUGGAAGCAGCUGGCUUCACAGCUCAGGUGAUUAUCCUGAACCAUCCAGGCCAAAUUAGUGCUGGAUAUGCACCUGUGCUGGAUUGUCACACAGCUCACAUUGCUUGCAAGUUUGCUGAGCUGAAGGAGAAGAUAGAUCGUCGUUCUGGAAAAAAGCUGGAAGAUGGUCCCAAGUUCUUAAAAUCUGGUGACGCUGCCAUUGUUGAUAUGGUUCCUGGCAAGCCUAUGUGUGUUGAGAGCUUCUCUGACUACCCUCCUCUGGGCCGUUUCGCUGUUCGUGACAUGAGACAGACGGUUGCUGUGGGUGUCAUCAAAGCAGUGGACAAGAAGGCAGCUGGAGCUGGCAAGGUCACCAAGUCUGCCCAGAAAGCUCAGAAGGCUAAAUGAAUAUUAUCCCCAAUACCUGCCACCCCAGUCUUAAUCAGUGGUGGAAGAACGGUCUCAGAACUGUUUGUGUCAAUUGGCCAUUUAAGUUUAAUAGUAAAAGACUGGUUAAUGAUAACAAUGCAUCGUAAAACCUUCAGAAGGAAAGGAGAAUGUUUUGUGGACCAUUUGUUUUUGUGUGUGUGUGUGGCAGUUUUAAGUUAUUAGUUUUUAAAAUCAGUACUUUUUAAUGGAAACAACUUGACCAAAAAUCUGUCACAGAAUUUUGAGACCCAUUAAAACAAAAGUUUAAUGAGAAAUCUGUGUUUUCUUUUGGUCAACACUGUAACCUUGUACUAUUAAAAUAGUGAAAGGGUAAGUUGCACAGAUCCUGUUUCUAAUGUUAUAAUAUGCUGAAAUUGAAAUUUCGGGUAACGUUUUUUUCCUGGGUGGAAUCUUGGAGUUUCACUUGUCUAAGGGAAGGAAAUGGUUAAGUACAUAGUAAAAAGCUACGGGGAAAAAGGUCAUUUAGUGCAACACAAUUUAUAUAAGCAAAGAAUGACCACAAGACAGUUGUACUAUAAGCAGGUUCAAUUCUAUAAUACCAAAGUUAAUGCGUUGCAUAUAAACUUUCAUCACUAGGGAGUAAACUUGAUACAUUGUCCCAUGUUAAUUUCCCACUUACCAGAAUGUUUAAUGUCCCAUUUAUAAAUACUGUAAAGUAGUUUAAAGUACCUAAAACAGGCAUUUGGUGACAUUCUUAAUGGUAGAGUUAAUUUUUCCUCCAGAUUUUAGAAGAAAGUCUAGAAGUUUUCUAUGGUCACAUAUGAACUAGAAAUACACUUAAAAAGAGGAAUUUUCAUCUUUAAAAGAGCAAGUUUGGGGUGAAGAGGGAACUGGAGAUCAAGCCCAGUUUGAAGAGGUGUGAUGGUCAGGUACUCAAAUUUGGACUGGAGUUGUAGGGUAAGCUUUUUUUAGUUUGAAGUUAUUUUGGAGGUUUUUCCAAGUGUCAUUCCAAAAACGGAAUAUUGAAUGAAAGUUGGAAGUAAUGAACAGGAUGAAAAAAGAUCUUCAAAGACUACUGUGGUGAUUUUGUAAUUGCAUAUAGUAGUAAAUAAAUUAGUAUUUGGGUGAUAACCAUCUAAUUUUUGGCGUUAGAUAGCUGGCAAAUCUCAGCACUGGUACAUUUGAUGAAAAAACAAUCUUGACCAUUUGAACUUAGUUCUCUGAGUAGGCUUUUUUCAUAAUGAAAGGGGAAUGCAUCAGGCAACCUGGAAUUCAGGCAAAAAGCAGAGGAUAACCUGGUAGGCAAACAUUGCUGAGUGAAAUGCAUACUAUAGCAGCCAUAGGCUACAGUUGAAAAGAUAGGCAUUUUCUAAGGUAAAAUGGUCUUUUAAUGAUACUACCAGGAGCACUGAUAAGGCCUGUAAAUAAACUAAUAAAAGGUUUUGUCUGCAA